UCUGUGGUUGUGACUGAUUGACAGCAAAGCGUUACUCAACACUGAAAUCGAAGUACUUUUAAUAAUUAUUGUUUUGUUAAUGGUAGCAAAGUAAUAAUUUACUCAGUUACCUUUGUUAUAAAAACUUUGGUUAAACAAAAUUGAUACAAUAUAGUAAAAGUACAAGAUGGAAAGAGAAGAUGGUGAAAUGAGCGAUGAUAACGAAAUGCAUGUUGAUUGUGAUGAUGUAAAACAACCAAUUUCAUUCAAUGAAGAUUGCACAGUGGUCUACAAAGCUGACAAAGCUGGAUUAAUUAUUGAAAAAUUGGAGAAAGUGGAUGCCUCUAAAAUAGAGGAAAGGGCAAAAAGAUUUGGUUUAAAUCUUACUGGAAAUAGAGUUAUCACACAAAGACAAAUAGAUGAACUGUACCAGAAUUUUGGCAUAGAAAGUGGAAAUGAGAGGCAUUUUCGCUUUGAUGCUAUCAAUUUGAAUGGUGUUGAUGGGCUUACUACAAAAGAAAUAUUCCAAUAUUUAGAAGAUUAUAAGCCACUGUCUCUUGAAUGGAUCAAUGAAAUAUCAUGUAAUGUUGUCUGCCAGGAUCACAUUUCUGCUGCAUUAGCAUUGUUAGUUCACUCAAGGGAAAUAAGAGAUGAAAACUUAAAGCAAAUGCUUGCUGAUAAAGCUAAUCAUCAUUGGAGAGAAGGUAUGCCACAUCCAAAAAAAGACUUAAUAUUAAUGAGAUUUGCUACAAAUGGAGACAAGAAAAUUAUUAAGAAAAAACCACAAAGUAAACAUAUUGAUGAUUAUUAUGAUCAAACCAUGGAUUCUGUAAGUAAAAAUCCGUGGGGUGAGCUGUGUCAAUCUUGGGGAGUGUAUGAUCACCAGGAAGUUUUUCAAAGGCAACCAAGAUAUAGAGACGAAGAUGAAACAGAAGAGCCAGAAAAAGUUGUCAAAAUCAAAAAUAAAAGUUUAGCUAGUCGAUUAGGUAAAAGACAUAUAGAUAAAGACAAUUACAAUAAAAAAGAAGUUGAAGAUAGCGAUUCUGACACAGAAUGGAAAACUAAAUCUAAAGCACCUAGAAUGAGGAUGCAUGCAGAUGAUGAAGAAUCUAGACAAAAGAAAAAAUUGGCUAUGCAAUACACUAAAGAACCAGAUGAAUUUUCACCACUAUCAAUUGAAAUUGAAAAUUCUCGUAGCAAUUAUACUCAGAAGGAACACACUAAGCUAUCAGAAAAAUUUAAGAAGCAUGAAGUCCAUAGGAAAAAGCACAGUAUCCUAUCACGAUUAGGUGAUAAAGUAAUUCCUGCUGAAGAAAGCCUUUCAAGUGAUGACUUAUCUGAAAACUCUGAUAGUAAUGUUAUGAGUCGAGUUCACAAAGUAAAUAGCUCUAGCAGUGUUUGGUCAAGAUUAGAUAUGAAAUCCAGCGAUUCUAUAAAUACUCCUGACCAAAGUGACUUGCGUCAAAUUUUAAAAUCAAGAAAAAAUAAAAAAUCUGAUGACUUAAGGGGAAAAUUAGGUAAAACAAAACAGAGUAAUUUGAGAAUUGAAUUUGACAAUAAUUAUGCUCAUGAUUUAUAGUUGUAUGUUCAAGACUAGUAUAAUUCUUUACUGUAUGUAUACACUGAGACUAUAGUUUGAUAUUGUUUCAUGGUUUUAGGGUUCCCUAUUGUUUUCGCUCCUCAGUCUUUCCGUCUGUCACCAGGCUGUAUCUCAUGAACCGUGAUAGAGAGUUGAAAUUUUCACAGACAAUGUAUUUCUGUUGCCGCUAUAACAACAAAUACUUAAAACUAGAAUGCAUAUCUUUGUAUUUUGAAAUUAAUAAUCAUGUUUCAGCGUCACCUCUGUUGUAUCUCCCAUGAAAUGUAUAAAACUAAGUCCAAUGAAUUGCUGCAUUGUGAAUUUGAAUACAGAAAUAGUGAAAAUAUAUGUAAAUUGUGCAUAUAACCUGAUGUACCAUGUAAUUAUAGACACAAAUAAUAAAUAACAAGUCUUAGUGUAUGUAUACGUACAGUUUAUCAAGUUUUCUAGCUAAUAUUUUUUCAGUUGGAUCCAAAAACCCUUUUAGGUUUCUAAGUUAAUUUUUAAGGCUUUGAUUUAAUAGACUUCUUAUGUUCUAAAAACAAGUACUGCAAAAGUACCUUCUUUUUUUAUUUGUGGAAGUCCAACUAAAUAAGGUAUAUUUAGGAUAAUUCUACUUUUUAGUUUUGUAAUGAAAUUGACUUAUUGUAAAGCCUAAUGAAUUUGACUAUGAUUGUACAUUCAAUCUAAUGUUUACCUAGAAAUAAUAAUGUCUAAAUUGGUCAUUAGUAAGAUUAUACAUUUGGUCAACAAGAUAAUUAUGAAGAAAGUAAUGGUGGGAAACUAAAUUAAGCAACAUGAUACACAUAGAUGAUAUACAAUACAAGAGGGACAUGAAUGUUUUAUCACGAUUUUUGUUUGUUAUAUGUUAAUGUAUUUGCACUGAAAUGUUUUUCAUGAAUGUCGCUUUUUUGAUUGUAGGGUGGCAAAGUACAGGAAUGUAAUAAUAUGGAGACUAAAGAUAAGAUUUUUGUCACCCAUGCAUUAGAAAAUUACGUAAUGUAUCUGCAUAAUAAUGUUUUGCUGUAAUAUAAAAUAUAACUUUAUGGUAAAAGUAUGAUUUAUUACAUUUAAAUAUGUAUCCCAAUUUAAGAGCUCUUGGUUUAAAUAUCAAAUUGGGUUUGAAUUACCUGUUUGCUGUGCUUUUCGCAAAAGUAACAAACUAUAUUUUACAUAUAUUUAUAUAGAUUAGGUUCCUUGCCAAGGACAAUUCAAGAUUUUAGAUCUUAUUUUUUGUGAGAAAUCAUCAGUGUGCCAGUCUCUU